AUGUCCAUUGGAGUAGCAAUCCUCGGUGGAGGCAUUUUUGCCAGAGAAGAGCACAAGCCGGCUGUGGCGACUGCAAAGGAGCUCAGCUUGAAGGCUGUCUACUCACGCUCUCUCAAGUCCGCCAAAUCCCUCGAGGUGGACGAGUCCAAGGUCGAUCUCUACUCAGAGGAGUCUGGAGCUGGGAAGUCGCUCGAUGAUCUGCUAGCUCGAUCAGAUAUCCAAGCAGUCAUCAUCGCCUUGCCCAUCAAAAAUCAACCAGACUACAUCCGCAAAGCAUUGCUGGCAGGAAAGCAUGUUCUGUCGGAGAAGCCCGUGGCCGAGAAUGUCAAGGACGCCGUCGAGCUCAUCAAGUGGUAUCGCACUGAGAUCGCACCGAAGAACGUGACAUGGGCGGUGGCAGAGAACGUCAGAUAUAUGAACUCCUUCGAGCAUGCUGCUGAAGCUGCCGAGACCAAGGGGCGACGACUGACUUUCCGAUGUCGCAUGCAAACUCUGGUCGAAGGGGGCAAGUACUUUGAAACCUCAUGGCGCAAGACACCUACGCAUCAGGGAGGCUUCUUGCUGGACGGGGGUGUUCACUUUACAGCAGGCCUGCGGAUGAUGUUGGGCAAGGACAAUCCUUUAGUCACACUGUCGGCCCACUCUGCUCAACUUCAGGAGCAUCUACCCCCCGUCGAUACCGUCGAGGCCACGGGCAAAACCAAGAAUGGCGCUGUUGGAACCAUCUCGAUCUCGUUUGGCACGACGGCAAAGGGCAGCGAGUGGACCAUCGGUGGCGACAAAGGGUACGUAAGCCUAUCCAAGGAUGAAGUCACAGUCGAUGGCAAGACCGAGAAGGUCGAGGAUGAUGGCACCGGCGUGGGACCGGAAGUGAGGGCCUGGGGCAAUGCUCUAGCAACCGGUAUCGUCAACGAGAAGCAGACACCAGAACAGGCACUGGCGGACCUGGAGCUGGUUGAGGCCAUGCUUCGUAGCGGAGAGCAGGGCGGCAUACCGAUCAAGUUGGAGCACCAGGAACUCUAG